AUGGGUUUUGCUAAUGAUCAAGAUCGGUUCUGUUCAACGCCUAAGCUUCCUCUGUUUUCAUAUCCAAUGAACAGAGCAUACGAAACUCCAGGAUUAGCUACACCGCCUGUUAACAUCGCCGGAUCUGUUCCUUUCCUAUGGGAAGAAGCUCCGGGAAAGCCUCGUAGUUCCGUUGGAAAACCGCCGAGAUCGAAUCAAACCGGAGAAAAAAGAGGAGCCGUGAAAUGCUUGGACCUUCCUCCGAGGCUACUUUUGCCCGGAGAAUCUUGUAAAUCGUCGACUGCGAACGAGCCUUCUCCGACGACUGUUCUCGACGGUCCUUACGAUUUGCGUCACCGUUCACUGUCGCUUCCGAGAUCAGCGUCUGUAAUUAGGAUGUUGAGAGGAGUUCCGGCGCCGGCGCCGGAGAAGGAAACGAGAUUGUUUGGGUCAAGUAGAUGGAGAAGUUUCGGGAGAUGCAAAGAGGUGUCCGAGGGUAUAUUUGACUUUUCAAGCUUCAGAGACGACGGCUACGGUUAUCGGAAGGAUUGGGCCGGAGGAGGAGGUGACUUUACCGGCGACGGCGGCACAAAAGUGAAACUUUAUAGAAUUAAAGGGAAAAGGAUCCUUUUUAAUCUCUCUCAUACAACAAAGUCAGAGUUUUGGGCAAGGGUUUACGAAGGGUUUAAGCAAGUGAUUCCAUGGAGGCGUAAGCAAGAGAAUCUGGAAAUGAUGAAUUCUUCUUCCACUAUUUAA